UCACAGAAGCCUAUUUGUCAACACCAAGUGACACAUCGACCAGGAGUCUACAUAAAGAGCACAACGAGUGGAGUUACAGGAAGGUACAGGAGCGAAACAGAAGGUGCCCACAACGACAACAUCAAGCAUGGCCUCCAUUUACGGUGAUAUAAUGAAGGUUGACACCACCGGUGCCUCCCAAAAAACUGCUAGACAAGACAAUCUCACUGUCACUGGUGUGGAAGCCUCCCAUCUGCUGGCCAAGGCAGACCUGAGCAGGAUGAACAACUACAAGGACAUCAUCACCAACGUGGCACAUAAACUCCAGAUUGACCGCGCCGUUAUCUGCGGUAUCAUUUCCCGCGAGUCCCGGGCUGGAGCCGCCUUGGUCAACGGCUGGGGCGACCAUGGAAACGCUUUCGGACUGAUGCAGAUCGACAAGCGGAGCCACAAAAAUUUGGAAGGACUAUGGAACAGCGAGGCGCACGUAAGACAGGGCACCCAGAUACUCGUUGAUUUCAUCAAGGGCGUCAGUGUAAAAUUCCCAAAGUGGCCGAAGGAGCAUGUACUGAAAGGUGGAAUCGCAGCAUACAAUUUCGGAAUUAGGAACGUCCAGACUUACGAGCGAUUGGAUAUUGGCACCACCAACAAUGACUAUUCCAACGAUGUUGUGGCCAGAGCUCAGUGGUUCAAAAACAAUGGUUACUGAUAAAUGAAAAAAAAAAUGGAUUUUAGGAUAAAAACAUUAAAUGAGUAAAUGUGAUAUGUUCAUUGAAAUGUAACGGCUUUUCUGUUGAACUAAACAAUCCACAAAAAA